GAUUUGGCUAUCCAUCCUCAUUUCCGUGAUUUGGUUGUUCUAUAGAAAUGGUGGAAUAUUUCACGAAAAUUUUCAAUGGUGUGACAUCUUCCUAGCUGUCACGUUAGCUAUGUGCACGUUGGCAAGUCGUAUGUUGGACGACGUAUUUCUUCCUAACUCACGGUUUCAAUCAGCGUAGUAUACAUGCCAUGUAUUCGGUUAACUAGACGAAGAGUGUGUCUUUCAAUGGAACCUACAGUGGAUGGUGGAGUUGUAGAAGAAGACAAAUCCGGCUUUAUGCUUGAAAAUGAGCAGGGUCAUGGCCAUUCGUUCAUUAAAAAGACAUUUCACAAGCCCACCUACUGCCACCACUGCACCCUAAUGCUAUGGGGCCUGAUAGGGCAAGGAUAUGUCUGCGAAGUUUGCAACUUUGUGGUCCAUGAGCGAUGCCUGAAAUUCGUCGUGUCAGCCUGCUCCAGUAUUGCUACAAACCUGAUCAAGAAUCCUGUAGCUCAUUGUUUCUCAACACCCUCCAUCUUCAAACGCAAGUUCUGUGAUGUAUGUCGCAAGCGUCUGGAGGACAGUCCUGCGAUCAGAUGUGAAUUGUGUGAAUAUUAUGCCCAUGUGGAUUGCCAAGACUUUGUGGUCAGCAAUUGUAAGGAAUGUGCCACCUACACUCCUGACAAUGAUCGUGUUGGCCAGCAGAAUAUCGUGCAGUACCACCACUGGAGGGAGGGGAACUUGCCUGCCAACUCGAAAUGUGUUGCGUGUAAGAAGACUUGCUGGUCCUCUGAAUGUAUGGCCGGCAUGAGGUGUGAAUGGUGUGGUGUCACGUCCCAUGCAAGUUGCUACAAACUUCUUCCAGCGGAGUGUAACUUUGGGAGUUUACGGGAAAUCAUGCUGCCUCCGAGCUGUUUGACUGUUCCAAGGAUAAACAUCGCCAUGGACAAGAUCCUUGGAAUCAGCGUCAGGACUCCCGAUGAAUCCGAGAAAAUAGAGAAAUCCCAGAAAUCGAAACCCAAAAAGGGCAGUCGAAAUGGGACCUCAGAGGAUUCAGAUACCUAUCUCAUAAAACCAGUUUUUGAUGACUGUCCAUCCAGCGGAGAUUCAAAAAAUGAUGACGAGGAACGAGAACGAAAAUCACCUCGCGAGAAGGAGUACAAAGAUAAGGAUAAAGACCCUGAUUUGGAAGUUUUCCAUGUGUAUGAUGGGGACAAUGCUUUAAAAGAAAAGCGGUAUCGGACAGUAUCUGUUCCAAAGAAUGCUUCCUUUCAAAGUAUAUUGGAAGCAGCACUGAAAACAUUCCACAUAUCAGAUGAUCCGAAGAACUAUUAUGUCUCAGAAGCAACAGACACAGAGGAGCGAGAAUUAGAUGAAAACAGUCCCAUCAGAUCCCAACUGAGGGCAUCAGAAGAGAAAAGGCCCUCCAUUUUCCUGCGUUACAAAGAGCUAGACUCUGACAGGGGCUUGAUCAAAGUGUACCCAGGUGUACUCAGGGUGUCAGGAAGUUACAAAAAUAUAGAAAUUGAUUCAGAUAUGAACUGUGUUGAUGUGAUACGGGAAGCUCUCCAAAAAUUUGGUGUAGAGGAUGUGGUUCCAGAGACCUUUAAUUUGAUAGAGGUGCUUCUGGAUAAGGGCGUGAAUGAACAAGUCUUACCAAGUGAUGCAAGGCCUUGGCAGAUUCUACAAAAGAGUCGAAAGGACUCCCUACAACGGAACAGGAUGACAAGGUUCUAUCUGAAGCAGAGAGAAGACCCGCAUGGACCCAGCAUCUCACUGUUUGUAGGAAACCUCCCAACAGGCUUGGCUCAACGACAAUAUGAAAAACUUCUACUAGAUUUUAUAACUCCUGAGAAUAAAUGGUCCUAUUUUGAUGUGAUAUACUAUGAAUAUGGCUCGUUAGUGCUAAUGUACAACUCAACAGAACAUGCGACCAGUGCAUUCAACAUUUUGAGUAACUGUACAUUUGAACAAAAACCAAUAUUAGCAUUGCUUUUACCCAAUAUUCAGUCCCACAUGAUCUUAGAAAAUGUCAGCCCACUACUAGUGUUUGUCAAUGCAAAGAGUGGAGGCUGUCAGGGCUCGGAACUCAUCACUUCCUUCCGCAAACUACUCAACCCUCACCAGGUGUUCAAUCUGGAAAAUGGGGGUCCUCUGCCAGGCCUCUAUGUAUUCAGACAUGUAGCGCACUACAAGAUUCUGGCCUGUGGGGGAGAUGGUACUGUUGGCUGGGUGCUGUCCUGUUUGGACAAUGUCGGACAGGAUGCAGUGUGCCAGUCCCCUCCCUUGGCCAUUGUUCCAUUAGGCACAGGUAAUGACUUAGCUCGAGUUUUACGAUGGGGACCAGGUUAUACGGGAGGGGAGGAUCCACUGAAUUUACUAAGGGAUGUGAUAGAUGCUGAGGAAAUUAAACUAGACAGGUGGACAGUGAUCUUCCAUCCGAACGAGAAGGAUCAAGAAACCAAAGACCAGUAUGAGGACACGACCUCAAUAUUUGUUAUGAACAAUUAUUUUGGUAUUGGAAUUGAUGCUGAAAUAUCUUUGGACUUCCAUACAGCCAGGGAAGAAAAACCAGGGAAAUUCCAAAGCAGAAUUCAUAAUAAAGGAUUUUAUUUCAAAAUGGGAUUACAAAAAAUGGUAAAGAAGAGACUGGUGAAAGACUUGCAUCGCCAUAUCCGUUUAGAGGUUGAUGGGCGAUUAGUUGAGUUACCACCAGUGGAGGGAAUUAUUAUUCUUAAUAUACUCAGUUGGGGGUCUGGCUCCAACCCAUGGGGACCAGAAAGAGAGGACCAAUUUGCUAAACCAACUCAUUAUGAUGGCAUGCUGGAGGUGGUGGGAGUAACAGGGGUUGUUCAUAUGGGACAAAUUCAAAGUAGUUUACGGGCAGGAAUCCGUAUAGCACAAGGAGGUCAUUUAAGGAUAACAUUACUGACAGAUAUUCCUGUUCAAGUGGAUGGGGAACCCUGGGUACAACCAGCAGGUCAAGUUGUAGUUUUAAGAUCAGCAUUAAAGGCAACAAUGCUAAAGAAGAGCAAAAAGAAGAUGAGGCGGAGAAAUACAGAACCUAGCAUAUUUUUUCCUGACAAUGAACCUCUGCGUUUACAGUCACCCACAGAGGAGAGUGAACCACUCUAACUCAGGUAGACAUGUAGUGAAUAAAAGAAACCUGACAUCAAAAUGGUGUGGACGGGAUGUAUGGACGAAUGAAUGCCACCUGUCUCGGCCCGCCUACUGCCAGCCUCAGAGGUCAAGGCCAUUGUCUCAAGUUCGUACGGACUCAGCAGUUUACUUUAAUUAUUUACAGAAAGAAAUCAAUUACCACAAAUCUGCAACCAAUCUAGUUGUAUGGAUAUUCAGUUACACUACAACCGGAGAUCUCCUUGUCUUACUCAGUUACCACCUUCAGGAAGUGGCUGGGUUUUUGUUGGACAGUAUUGAUGUUGUAUAUUUCCCAGGACACUGUAGACCUCCUCAGCUCUCAUUGGUUAUACAAAAAUAAGAAGCUACAAACAGCUCAGAAUCUAACACAAGCAAGAAUAAUAAUACUCACCCUGGAAGACUACUUCAAAAUCCAUACUUACAGACGUCUGCCCUCUGUACUGAUCGAAUCUGGAGAUUAUAUGUAAAGCACAGAUACACAGCUCAUGUUUUUGAGCGGAAUUAAUUUAAAGUUAAAAUAGAAAGUAAAUGGAACUUGUGUGGGAGUAGAACAGUGAGAAAUCAUUUGAUGUAUCGUUUUUAGUUGUUAACCAUGCUGUCAGAAUUUAAAAGAUUAGUCCACAGUGUGACUUUUUUGCACCAACUGAAGGCUGUUUGACAAAGGUAAUGAAGUUGUUUUGACUAUGGCAACAUAUAAAUUCUUUUCUUGCAGCAUGGCUGCCCUAGUAACAAAUGACUAUUGUUUUCUGGUGGACCAAUGACAUAUUACUAUGGUUUUGGUUCCUUUGUUAUUGUUUGAUAGGUGAUAGUUUUAUUGUUUACAUAUACAGUGUGUGUACUUGUAUUGAUUCAAGGAGUCAUUACAUAUUGUCUGUAAGGGUUAAAGCAUCCGGAGCUAUAGUGCUACUAUAUAUGUUAUAAAAAUAUCAGGUAAAAAAAAUUUUCAUAACGCCAACACUUUGCAUGAUGGAAGGGGAAUAGAGUUUAUGAUGAUCACAUGGUAAAAGAUUAGGGUAUAUUUAUUAUGAAUUGAAGAGUGGGAUUAAAAAAGUCUGUUCUUAUUUAUUAGCCAGUAUAAAAUUCUCUCUCUUUCUCAGAGGAUCAGGGUAUGUAAGAGUGCUACACAUAUAAAUAAGAAACCAUGGAAACAGCCACAUCAAGCCCGCUCUUUUUUGGUGAUUUCUUUGUGCACUGAGUAGCUUAUAAAUUAACAAUGCAAAAGCUGCUAAAUGGAUGCAUUACAUAACCAUACUAGAUAUGGGAACAGUAGUAAGUUUUUCAUACCCCUAGGCCACAGUUGUUUCCUGGUGCACAACUUAUGAAAGUUGCGGUUUUUAACUGGAAUAUGAUUAUUUGAAUAGCAUUGAAUAGGUUCUUUAUUAUCCAGACCUGAAUGUAAAUUAAAGUUUAUGUUUUACAAAAUUUCAACACUUUCUGUAAUUUAUAGCAGAUCACAUGCUGCUGGGAUCAGAUGUGUAACUAGUGUAUCUGUUGCAUAGCUGAUUCAGUCUGUUUUGCUCCAAGGCAUAGUUUACCAAGAGACAAAUUCAUGGAUUUUCAUUAAAAAGUUAUAAUUCAUCAGCAAUAGAUGAUGCACUACUAUUAAUUAAUGGCCAGCCCAGUAUACAAAUUGAAAUUUGGUUACCAAAAAUCUCUAAUUUUUGUUUUAAAGAUUGCAUCAGCAUUUUAACGGAGAUGUUUCAUAUCAUGUUUACAGAUAAUGCUUGGCCCUGUGUACUGAACACUAUGUAUGUAUAGAGUGUAGGUAAAACAUAUCAACACCUCCACAACUUACCAUCAAAGUUCCCGAUCUGUGACUGGAAAUGUUGGUAAUGUGAGUGACAGUUGGACUUGCCAUGAAAGUUCCCGAUCUGUGAGUGGAAAUGUUGGUAAUGUGAGUGACAGUUGGUGUGAGAGUAUUUAUAAGUGUAACUGGGACGAACUGUUAACAUGUCACUGACUGCUUUCACCCUCCCCCCACAACCCCCCACCUCCCCCUCUCCUGAUGAUGAAAGAAUAAGAAUAGGAAACUACAGUAAAUGUCCAAAACUGGUAGUACGUGUAUACAUAGGUCAUUUAUUAUGAAAUUUAAGAAUUUCUCUUUCAUAUUACUUAAUAGGGGGAAUAUAUUUAGGAAUUGCCAUGCUUGACUGAUUUUCUGUCCCAGUUCACAUCUUGACCAUACCUUUGUAACUGCAUGCUUAUGAGAAGUUUAUUCUCAACACAGAAGUUGUAUCAUUAAUCCAUCUCAAGGUCAUUUGCAAUUGGGACUUUUGUGUAUCUUGACAAAAGUUUCAACUUUAAAAUGCAUGCAUAGCUUAAAAAAGUUCUAACAUGAUAAAGUUUGCUUGUGAUUAGAUUUUUCGAGGUCAGAUGAUAGACUAUAAUAGCUUUUUAAAGCUGUUAAAGCUGCAUUUGAAAUCCUUAGGGUGGUGAUGUCUAAGAGUUACUGUUCUGACUUAAGUUAGUUUAGAGGUUUACAAUCUUGCACCUUUAAAAAAUGCAGACUUUUAAAUAUAAGCAGUUUUGAGUGUAAUUAUUUUGGUUGAUGGGCGUGGGGAUAUUAGUUGCAUUCAGAUGCCCUUGUGGAAUAUAUUAUAAAGAUAAAUUUUUUCAUAUCGGAUUAUUAAAGAUCAUUCAAAUGUCAUGGAUUAUGAAAAGUUUUCCAAAUUUUUCAGAUAUAAAAAUCUGAAAGUAAGAGGUAAUUUUACUGUUCUAUCCCAUCUGCUUUAGUCAACAGAGUUCCAGUGCCAUUUAAUCAUUUAUCUUGAAUUUUGCUGAGCUUUUUAAUAAGUUUUUUCAUAUUUUUCCGUUUAGAAAAACAUUUUCCAUUAUUUAGCAUAAUGACUAAAUGACUGCUGAAGAUUGAUAUAUUAGGAACAACUUGAGUGCAAUACAUUUUGCCAAAUUCAGAACUGCAUUUUACAAUUUUGAUAAAGAUACACUGGAGAAAUUAUCAUCUAGUCGAUGAUAGAGAUACAAUGUACUAAAUUUUCACUAUAAAAGGUUUAAGAUGGUGCAGGUACAUGAUGAAUUCAAAAAUAUACAUAUUCAAUGUUAGGGGGAUUGAAGUUAGAGGGGUAAAUUGUACAAGGGAUCUAUGUAUAUGUCCUGAGUAGUAAUGGGGAGGAGAUGUCCUUAGUGGGUAUGGGGAGGGGCUCAAGUUGAGGACCAGGGUAUGAAGCCACCUCUGAAGAUUUUUGGAUGCAUUUUACAAUACUAGAUUUGUAUGACACCUUUUGCCUUGUCAUUUUCAUUCCAAGAUAAGAACCAUAUUUGGAAAUAAAAUUUGUUCAGAAUGGAAGCUCUCUAGACCUGGCAUUUGCAUAUUGGAUCUCUCUAUCUCUCUCUCUCUCUGUGGGGAUGAACACAUACACACACACAAACCUGACAAUCUACCUGAUCACAUUUACUUUUUUUCAAUGGAAAAAAAAGAAGAAAGAAUAAGUCUUCUGGUAUCUAGAAAAUAAAAAGCAGCUCUGGAUGUGAGUUGUUUGAAAUGAUUUUGAUUAAACAUAAGUAUUAGUGAAAUAUACAUAUAUAGAUAUUAUGUGAACGUAAGGUAUUGCUCUGUGUAGAAUGCUUGGUUAGGGGAAAGGGGGAGGGGACUAGAAUUUAUUAAUUGUGAAUGAACCAAGAAUAAAAAUACAUGUAGAUAUUUGCUUUUGUUAUCACGGACUUUGUUUUUUAAACACUAGAUGGAUAUUUGUCAGAUAUAUUGGUGCUGUAACUUUUUUUUAAUUUCCAGUUUUAUGAUAUGCGAUUAUGUUUAAUGAUGAAAGAUAAUAAAUUUUUUCUCCAUGUGUAACACUUUAUAUGUACAUUUAUUUUUAAAAUUAAUGAUAUAUUUGAUAGAGAACUCAAAUGUCUGAAGCCAUGUACAACUAUUUUAGAUGAUUUUUGUGCAUUUGAAUAUUUAAAUAUUUUUCAAAUGCAAGCUGAAUAAAAGAGGAUGGAGCAUCACAAAGCAAUGUUGGAAAAAAAUUUACAUCUUAAAACAACAAUUUGCCUGGGCUGAGAAGUGUUGAUAAUUCAAAUGGAUUAAUACAUAGAAAGCAUAUUAAGGAGACUACUUUGUCAGUAGAUGUUAAAAGACUAUUCUAGACAUUGUUUGCAUUUUGUAAAAGAACUCCCAAUUACAUGUAUUAGAAUAACGUUGAUGUGACCGUUUCAUAUUGUUUCAUUCAUCACCAUGGUGACUGACUUGUUACCAUGGUAACAAGUGUGUUGUGUACUAACCUGUAUGAUUUUAUAUCUAAGGCGGCUGAGGCCAGAGGGUUGACAUGUAUCUGAUAGUUUGAUAGUUUUCUUGUCCACAAUCUUAUAUAUGGUUGGCUGUCUUCAGCUGGGAAUAUGUUACAAUCAUUUGUGAAUUUUUCCAUAACUAAAAUUGAUUUUUCUCCGAACAUUCUCUGCCCUUGGGACUUCUACAGAACAGGACUUCUGACUGGCUUGCACACAGAUAAUUUUUUUAUAGUGCUGACAGAACAACUAAUACACGUGCAUGUGGUGACAUUUUAGAUGUUCAUUGACAUGUAUUGCCCAAGUUGAAAAUGCUGGAAAAUGUCCUUCACUAUGAUUAAACGUGUAAAUUUCUUUCAUUUAUUUAUAGCAAGAAAUUCAUUUAACUUGUUCCAAGCAUGUAAUAAGGGUAUUGGACAUAAUGAAUUAGUUCUUCACCUGACAAAGAUUUGGGAUGGGUAAAACUGAUGAGGCCACAAAAGAAUUACUUCCUAGAUUGUAGAUUAUUUCUUAAAAGAUUAAAUAUUGCAGAACAUCACAACAAAGUAAUAUAUAAAGUGGUAGACUUCUUAGCUAGUAAAAACCAUGUUCUCAGGACUGUAAUGGCAAAACUUAUUUACUCGUAACAUACGGGUCAGGAAUCUAGAAAUGAAGUCUAUUGUGGUCUUUUUCAGUGCUCUGUGUUGGGUGGGAGGGGGCUGGUAAUGCACGUUUAAUCAUUCCAGCAGUUUCUUCACCGUCUAAUGCUGAAAAUACUAUAAUUGUUGAUUUUAGCAUAUUUUGUUUAUAUAUAUACAUAUAUAUUAUAUAUAUUUAUCAUUUAAAGAAUCUAGACUUUUUACUCUGUCAUUAAAUAAAAUGUGAGAUCUGUU